CUCAGGGUUUACAGAUGAGGAAGACUUUAAUGACUUUUUCCCCCCCAGAGUCUGUGUAGCACUUUCCUGUACUAUGAAAGCUAGCUAUCAGGGAAGAAGCUUUUGGUAAGUGCCAGCUGGAUUUCUCCAUAUCUUGUGGAUAAAAUGUGUGGUAUCUUCAGCAAUAGUAUCUUAACAUCAAGUUCCUAUGGGCAACCGAGAGCAAUGGCAAUGGCUGGUGUAUUGUUUGGGGUGGUCUCUGGGAUUCCCUUCCUGGGCCACCAACUGGAAGGGAGAUACCCCACACAUGACAGUAAUAAUAAAUACUCCUUGAAGGCCUGUGUCUUAAGAGCUUAGUUGACAAUAUUGGGGACUGUGUCAUGGACUGUAGCAUCUAAAAUUGUGAGCUGAUUUAUCUCAACAUUUGUUAUGGGUGCAGAAAGCUGACUAAGACAGAUAUUCCCCUUAAAAAAUGAUUCAAUUGAGUACCCAGGGGACAAGUUAAAAAAUAGAUGUGUGGUGUGUGUGUGUGUGUGUGUGUGUGUGUGUGUGUGUGUGUGUGUGUGUCUGGCCUAUGUACUGCCUUCUUUCCUUGAGCUGAUGACAAAAAGCUUCAGAGUUCUGUAAAGAAACUGGCUGUGAACAAUAUAGCUGGUAUUGAAGAGGCAACCAUGAUUAAAGACGAUGGAACAGCUCUUUAUUUCAACAAUCCCAAAGUCCAAGCUUCCCUCUUCACUAAUACCUUUGCAAUUACUGGUCAUGCAAAAGCCACACCAAUCACAAUAAUGCUUCCUGGAAUAUUAAGUCAGCUUGGUGCUGACAGCUUAACAAAUGAUAGAAAGUUAGCUGAAUAGUUCCCGUGACAAGUACUGGAUAGUAAAGGACAAAAACUAGAAAAUAUUGAUGAAGAGGUUGAUGAUGUUCCAGAUCUUGUAGAAAAUUUUGAUGAAGCAUCAAAAAAUGAAGCUGACUAAAAUCCCCUGGGUUCUGGAACCUGGCAUGGACUAGAAUUAACAAUCAGCUCUGUUGUUCCAAAGUUUUACAGACACAGAGAACAUCACCUGUUACUAGUCAGUAAUAUAAAUACUUGGAUAUUAAUAAUGCUGUUUGUUCAGCAUUUCUUGAUCAUUUAAUUUUGCAUUUUUCACUUCUUCCCAGAAUCUAUUCUUUUGGUCAAAAUAUGAAGUAUUGGUGCAGUUUGAAGGUGGUUUUUUGGUUUUUUGGGGGGGAACUUUUGGUAUAUAUGUAUAUGUAUGUGUGGGGGGUAUAUGUAUGUGUGAACAUAGUGGACAGCAAAUUGGACAAAGGUAAUAUCUAUCUUCUUCCUUCCCCCAGUAGAAAUAAAACAAAUCUUUACCAAAAAAAAAAAAGAAGAAAAGAAAGAAAGAAAAAGAAAACAUUGAAUUUAGUAAGAUUGACUAAAAUUGUGAAGGGGUGUAUCUAUUAUUCCUAAAGAAUUAAUGGUGAAUUACAGAGAUAUAUAAGAGACAGGUGAAAUCUGGAUAAAUAUCCGGUCUCUAUUAAUAGAUAACCUUACUGAAACUGGAAAUAAUCCUUCAGAAAACAAAAGCAGUGACAUUUUAUAAUUACAUAUUAUUUCAAAAUAGAACCAUGGCCUCAUUUCAGAUAUUUAUAUAGCGGUUAAACUGGUAGAGCUAAACCUUGGGGCUCUUGGUUUUCUUGUUUUCUACUUCUUGAGCUUUAGCCUCAGACUGUAGCUGAGUCUCAUUGCCUCUGUAGUGUUCUGUAUUUACCAGACUCUCAUUCAUAAAUAACUCUGAAAACUGCAAUUUGCAGACACUACAUGAUGCUGAAGUUAACAAAAGCUUCUUCUGGAAUAUUAUAAAUGUGGUUGUCUCAGGGAUGUUAUUCCUGCUGUCAAGGUUUAUAAGCUGCCAGUCUGCAUGUCAGUUAAGGCUCCUUUCUGAUAAUCGGCUUAUUCUGUUUACCAGGAGUUAAGCCACACCAAUGUGUUUGUGUGCUGCCAUUAUCCUUAUAUUUUUUUUAUGUACAUACUAA